AGGAGCACACAAAGGAUUAUUCCCAUAUUUUGAAGUUGCAUCAGACUCCAAGCAGCACAGAAAUGCUACAAGAUUCAGUUGGUUUAAUGGUUUCUUUGUUUUUUUCCCCAAUUGCACAGCCUGCGGUGUUGGAUAACCUGUUGUCAUCUAUGAAGUAUGUUCUGCAUGGCAUGGGUAUGCUGCGUAUCAAUCUGUCCAACAGGAAAAACAAGGCCCAUGCACGUGCAGUUCUGUCGUGUGAGUGUUGUGUUGGAGAGGAUCUGGAGCUGCUGCCGUUCGUGGCUCAUGCCAUCUGUAGUUUGUGGGGAGAUGUGGGCAUCAGGGUGGCAGCGGCCAGAGGGCACGAAUUCUGCCUCAAUGAUUCUGCACUCUAUUUCUUUGAGAAUAUAAGUCGUAUCAUCGGCCCAAACUACAUCCCGACUGAAAAGGAUGUGCUGAGAGUGCGAGUGAGGACCGCUGGAGUCAUCGAGACCCAGUUCAGAGUCAACGACUUACUGUACAGACUAUAUGACGUGGGUGCUCAGCACUCUGAAAGAAAGAAGUGGUUCAGUCAUUUCGACAACAUCCAGGCAGUGCUGUUUAUGGUGGCUCUUAGUGGAUAUGAUCAAAUCAUUGCUGAAAACCACUCCACGACCAGUCUGCAUGAAAGCAUGGAGUUCUUCAGCUCUAUAUGUAACAGUACUUUCUUCAAAAGAGCUUCACUGGUUUUAUUUAUGAACAAAAUUGAUCUGUUUGGUGAGAAAAUAUUGUAUUCUGGGAGACACCUGCGACUUUAUUUGCAAGACUUCAAAGGUCCUGACCGUGAUGUGAACUCUGCUGCGCGAUAUGUGACUGAUCAGUUUGUGUCGUGUGCCGCCACCUCAGGCAAGAUGGUGUACCCUCACUUCACCAACGCCACAGACACAGACAGCGUGCACGAUGCUUUUCAACUCGCCGCAAGCAUAAUUACUAAACACAACCUUCAAACUGUCUCACUUUUAUAACUUUAUGUAUCUGCUUUUUCUGUGUACAUGACUGACAAAUGUUUUGGUGGAUUGUUAGUCAUUAAUAUUUUUAUACAAUAAAUAUUUUUAAACUUUAAAUAUAUUUUUAUACUUUUUUUUUUUUUUUUUUUUUAAUACUUUCAAAUGCAACAUUGUAACUACAGCACAGUAAAAAUGUGCUGAGGUGCAGGUUAAAUUCAUGCAUGUACAAUACUUUUGUUUUUCACAUGCUUUUAUUGUUAAGCAAUAAACUACUGGUGGAAACGUGGCAGAACCUGGUCAGAUUGCUUACUGCUGACAUGUCACACAAAUUAAGUCCCACUUAAAAGAUGUCUGAAUGUUAGUUAGAUAAAAUAUACAUUUAUUUAGACGUUGGCACAAGCGCACUCUACACAAAGAAGUUCGUUAGGUUUGAAAUAAGGCCAUAGAUAUACUGUUCAGAAUGACAACAAAAAAGUUAAUUCCCUAUUUAAAGGGAAAAUGACUUCAUCCAUUAAAAAUCACUUUGACAAGGUGCUUAAAGGCAUAGUUAACCCAAAAAUGAAAAUUCUCAUUUACUCAUGCCAUCCCAGAUGUGUAUGACCUUUUUUAUUCUGCUGAAGACAAAUUAAGAUUUUUGGAAGAAUAUCUCUGCUCAGUUGGUCCUCACCAUGCAAGUGAAUGGUGACCAGAAAUUUGAAGCUCCAAAAAGAACAAAGUCAGCAUAAAGGUAAUCCAUAAAACUCUAGUGGUUAAAUCCAUACCUUCAGAAGUGAUAUGGGUGAGAAACGGAUCAAUAGGUCCUUUUUUACUAUAAAUUCUCCUUCCUGCCCAGUAGGGGGCAAUAUGCAUGAAGAAUGUGAAAGUGGAGAUUGAUUGUAAGAAAAAAGUUCUUAAAUAUUGAUCUGUUUCUCAUCCACUCCUAUUAUAUUCUGAAUAUAUGGAUUUAACCACUGGAGUUAACCACUUUAUGUGCUUUUUGGACCGUCUGAGUUUUGGUCACCAUUUACUUGCAUUGAAUGGACCAACAGAGCUGAGAUAUUCUUCUAAAAAUCUUUGUGUUCAGCAGAAGAAAGAAAGUCACAUCUGGGAUGAGAUGAGUGAAUUUAGAUUUUUGGGUGAACUAUCCUUUUAAAUAAGAGUGAAGUCAGUUCUGAGAAAAGACACAAUUUAAUAUUGUGUUAUCUACUGUAAUGCCAUUAUAAGUGACUUAAUUGUC